CUGGUGUUCGCCCUGUAGUGUGGAGGGGGAUGGAGCGUUGCGGAGGAGAGAGCCCUCGUUUACGGGAGAGCCCUGAGCGACGUGGGAGCAGAAGUCCUGAUAUUGGCAGCCCCCCACCAAAGAUGGGUCGUGUGGAACUCAACGGUAGUCCCACAGGUCACCGCAGUCGCCACAAUGGGGCCCCACAGAGACCUCUUGGCGGUCUGAUGAUUCCAGUCUUCUGCGUAGUGGAGCAGGUGGAUGGAGGGAUGAUAUCAGAUGGAGAGAGCCGGGAGGAACAUGCAGAGUUUGUGCUGGUCAGGAAAGACAUCCUUUUCACUCAGCUGGUUGAGACUGCACUUCUCGCCCUUGGCUACUCCCACAGUUCUGCAGCCCAGGCACAUGGUGAGUUCAACAUUGUCCCAGACUCAGACUUUGCCAAACUGGAGGACCUUCCAUCAGAGCAUUGGAAUCACGCUACAGUACGCAACGCCCUCAAAGAACUGCUCAAAGAGAUGAACCAGAGCAUACUGGUCAAAGAAUGUCCUCUCUCCCAGAGUAUGAUCUCCUCAAUAGGGAAUAGUUCCUACUAUGCUAACGUCUCAACUGUCAAGUGCCAAGAGUUUGGUCGCUGGUACAAGAAGUACAAAAAAAUUAAAGGGGAUUAUUUGUGGCAAGGACGGGAGAGCUCGGAAAUCAAGGUUGAAAGGGACAGUCUCACUGACUUCUGUGUAUUAGCCCAGCGUCCGCCCUCUCACCUGGCUGGUCUGGCGCAGCUCUGUCCCUUGAACAGUGCCGGCUCUCUGGUGAAAGGUGGCUCUGGAGAACCUCAGAAUUCAGCCCAGUCUCAGCCUCCAUCCCAAGGGCAGCCGCAAUCACAGCUCCAUCACAGUCCUCCGCUACGGGCUCAGGUGCCUCCUCCACCUCCGCCUGCUGCCCUGCAAACUCUUUUGGCGCCUGGAGGACUUCUCCCACCCCAGCUCAGUCCACAGCUGGUGAGGCAGCAGUUAGCCAUGGCUCAUCUUAUCAGCCAACAGCUGGCCGUCAGCCGCCUCCUGCAUCAGCAUCCGCAGGCUCUUAACCAACAGUUUCUCAAUCACCCACCCAUCCCGCGGCCUAGCAAGUCCGGUGGCCCUGGAGAGCCUGGGUCCAACCCCUCAGCUGCGGAAGUCUCCUUUGAUGUCUACCAGCAGGUGCGAGACGAGCUGAAAAGGGCCAGUGUCUCACAGGCAGUGUUCGCUCGAGUUGCCUUCAACCGUACCCAGGGCCUGUUGUCAGAGAUCUUACGAAAAGAGGAGGACCCACGCUCAGCCUCUCAGUCCUUGCUAGUGAACCUCAAAGCGAUGCAAAACUUCCUGAACUUACCUGAGAGUGAAAGGGACCGAAUUUACCAGGAAGAGCGAGAGCGCAGCAUGAACCCCCCUGUGAGUCUGCCCCCAAGCACAAACCCCAGCCCUGGUUGCACUCGCCUCUCUCAGAAAGUGUGGGAGCGCAGCAUCGAUGAACAGUUAACCCCUGACGCAUGGGCAUCUAUUUGGAAGAAUAAGACCAAAAUCACAAACUCGUCCAAAACUUCUGGUCCUAACCCUGACCUUCCCCUGAAACUGGAGCCGCUGGUUAACAUCACCUCAGCCAUUUAUGACGAAAUCCAGCAGGAGAUGAAACGGGCAAAAGUGUCUCAGGCACUUUUCGCCAAGGUGGCAGCCAACAAGAGCCAAGGAUGGCUGUGCGAGCUGCUUCGCUGGAAAGAGAGUCCCAGCCCGGAGAACAGGACUCUCUGGGAGAACCUGUGUACUAUCCGGAGGUUUCUGAGCCUUCCACAAGCGGACAGGGAUCUGGUGUAUGAGGAAGAGUCCCGCCAUCACCACAGUGAACGGCUGCACACUGUACUACACUUGCCCACUGACCCUCAGGCACUUCACAGACUGCCCAUGCAGCCACUGAAGGACCACUCUCCCAUCCGAGAAGAACCUGUUCCCAGUUCUGGAGCCGAAGAGAACCCUCAGGCAAAUGCAGGUUCAGGCAACAGCGGGGGGGAUUGCAACAUCACAAAAAAACCUCGCUCACGCACCAAGAUCUCUCUGGAGGCUCUAGGCAUCUUACAGAGCUUUAUCCAAGAUGUGGGCCUCUACCCUGACCAGGAAGCAAUCCACACCCUUUCAGCCCAAUUAGAUCUGCCCAAACACACCAUUGUUAAGUUCUUCCAGAAUCAGCGUUAUCAUGUGAAGCAUCAUGGCCGACUAAAGGAGCUCGGAUCUGAGGGCGGCGGUGUAGACGUAGCUGAAUAUCAUGAUGAGGAGCUGCUCUCCAGUUCAGAGGAUGCGGAAUCCAGUGAAGAUGGCCAUGAAGAGAUCUACAGUGGGCAUGAAAGCACACCAGCCGGAGCAGCCAACUCUAUCCCAACUCCAGCUGUUUCUUCAGGCCAGGAUGAGAAUAAAGACAAAGGCCUGCCCCCAUGUGGUUCAUCCCCAAGUCCCCGAGAUCAAGCAGAAUAUCAGAGAUAA